CACUUGGCUGAUAUGCUACGGUCUGAAAAAACUGGACCUUGCAGAGGAGGCGUACAUGAGCAAGCAGCAAAACCAGAGGGCAUGUUUGACAAGUUUUGUUCUGUACUGGAAUACUUGAGUAUUGGACUUGAAAAACUAGCCAAAAGGCUGAGAUCAGGAGAAGGCGAAGACGAAGUGGAUGCCAAAAUGGAAGAAACGUCAAAUGGUGACAACAUUGCAAGUGACAAAAACCACGAUGUGCGACGACAGAGAUGUGUACAUGUGCUGCGAGUGGUUCUGCUCUUUGUUGGCACUGUUGGCACUGUUGUCCUUGCAGUAGUCUUACAAGAAACUAGAUACCCAACAGACAGUAUUGAUACGUCACUUCGUGAACCUACUCCAAUUCGUGAAAAAGCAGCAGUACCGUUAGCUGCGGAUUCAGACGAUGACCAAGUUACAUACCCAACAGACAGUAUUGAUACGUCACUUCGUGAACCUACUCCAAUUCGUGAAAAAGCAGAAGUACCGUUAGCUGCGGACUCAGACAAUGACCAAGUUACAUUUGUUGAACUUAGAAAGAUUGCUGAAGAGGUAGGAUCUCAUUGGCAUCCAAUUGGCAUUCAUCUGGGAUUCAGUGGUGAAACGCUUACACAAUAUGAGAAACAGUUCAACGAGCCAUCUCGUCUUCUCUUUGAGAUUCUUGACAAAUGGCAGAAACAGAAAGGCAAACAAGCAACAAAGAAUGCACUUUUGGAAGCUUGCAGACAAGCUGGUGUUAGAGGGGCAUGUGAAAGGGUUUUAAAAAGAUGAGAAGGUGACAUUUCUUUUUACAAUAAUUAUUGUUGUAGCUCUGUUAGCUUAUGGGAGCACAAAGAAUGGGCUGUGACCCUCAUCACAGUUCCUUGUCUCUUAGCUAGCGUUGUUCUGGAAUUUUUGAAUCAUUAAGCUGUUGGUAACGCGUACAUAAAACUAAUAGACUUAGUACGUUUCUAACAUAAGCUACUGCUCGAGAUUUUUAUCUGAAUGUUACAUGCGGAAAACUGUAGUA